CUUUCUCUGCCGUGACUCAGUUGUCCCCAAUGGCACGAUUUCCCGCGCAACAGAGCCGGCCGGUCCAUGCGACCCCCUCUGCGAACUAUUCCGGUCCUAUGUAUGUGACAGGUCUUUCUCUUCUUCUUCUAUACCCCUAGAAAAAAAAAAAUUUCACACCAAUGUGGCCUGGUAAAGAAGUGUCUAACAUGCUAUCGUCUAGCGAACCCAACUACGAUACGGCUAACCCUGCCUACAUUCGUAAAUAUCUUCGCACAUACGGCCUAACACCUCCUCGCGCAGAGAGCUACGAAGUCCAGAAAACCCGCUGUAGGUGAAA